AUGCAUUUACCAUCGCACACGAUUAAUAUCGCCGUUCUCAUCUGCGAAAACCUCGUUGAUGACAUCUCAGAUAUCCGGGGCCCCUUUGACAAGAUCUUCCAAGAUUUUUUCGAGCGCGGGGCCCAAAGUAUCAGGCGUCAUCCAGAAUAUGCUGCUUCUCGGGGUAUUGUGAUUAGGACAACACCAUACGACUGUACGGUAGGCGAAUUUCCAGCGAGACUCGACGAGGUUGAUGCUCUUGUUGUCACGGGCUCGACAGCUGGGGCCUAUGAGGACAUACCGUGGGUAAAGAAGCUCAGCAAAAACUUGCAAGAUGCAUUCCAAAACCAUCCAUCCGUCAAGAUUUUCGGGACCUGCUUCGGCCAUCAGAUCAUUAACCAGUCGCUAUUCUUCACUCAUGGCAUACGGGUAGAAAAGAACCCGACGGGAUGGGAACUGGGGGUCCAGCAAAUUGAUAUAUCGCCCAAAUUUGCCGCCUGUUUUCCAAGACAGUUCACUUCCCCAACAAAUUCUCCGAAAAUGGAUCUGCAACUUUCGCAUCAAGAUCAUGUCGUCGUUGUGUCCAAAAGUGAAUUGCCUCGAGAAUGCGUCGAGGUGGGCACAAGUAUUCUCUGCAAGACACAGGGGAUGUAUUGGCCGGGCCGCGUUCUGACGUAUCAAGGGCACCCUGAGUUCGACCGUUUCAUCAAUGGCGCGUGUAUCAAAUGGAUCGGAGCAACUGAAUGGUCAAAGGAGGUGACUGAAGGAUACUUGAAGUUGGCAAAUAAGGAUGACGACUCAAAUCUGGCUGCCGAAAUCGUGAUCGAGUUCUUUCUCCAAAAUUCAAACUAUCAGACCAAAUAG